AUGAAUAUCUCAAUUCUGCUGCGGCAUUCUGGAAUUUGGGUAAACGAUAUUAAUUAUGAAGGUUACAAAGUUGAUGGAAUUGUUGUUGGGCAUUCUAUUUCGUUUGUGAAUCUGAAAACGUUGAUUUUAGCAGAGCUUGAGAUCGACAAUGUUACAAAGGAUAUUGAAAUACGAUACAUUGUCGAGGGAAGCUCAUGUCCGUUGAAAAUCAAAAACGACAUGGGUGUGAAACUUUAUUUCGAAGUGAAAAAGAAUGCAACUGGAAUUGGCAUGUAUCCGCUUUGUAUUGAUACAACUGAUAAAAUUGUUGGGGAUAUACGUAAUUUUGAUUGUUCAUCAGGUGAAGUCGUAUGCGUGGAAGGUACCGAAAGAGAUACUGAAGCUCUUGCUCUGGUCGAGUCUAGAAUUUGUGACAUUGAUUAUAUUCCAGAAUUAAAUGCUACGAAUUACAUAACUGAUUCCAAUAGUACUGAAGUGAAGACUGGGUUGUUGUAUAAGGACAAAGAUACACUCGUUGCUGUAAUGGCUAAAUAUAAAAUAAAGAACAACUUCAAUUUUCGAGUGAAAAGAUCGGAUAAGAAAAGGCCUGUAGUUGUAGUGGACGCUGCACAUCUUGGCGGGGCUUACAAGGGUACUUUUGUAUCAGCAAGCACACUCGAUGGUGCAGGAUGCAUAUUGCCAUUGGCAUAUGGUGUUGUAGACACUGAAAAUGACUGUUCGUGGACAUGGUUCUUCGAAAAUUUCAAAAAUGCAUUUGGUGAGCGUGAAAACAUGUGUAUUGUAUCGGAUAGAAAUGAAAGUAUCAUAAAGAGUGUAAGCAUUGUAUACCCAAACGUACCUCAUUGUGCAUGCAUAUGGCAUCUUUGGAAGAAUGUAUGUUCAAGCUUCAAAAGGAGUAAAAAAACACUAAGUGAUAUAUUUUACUCAAUGGCAAAAGCAUACAGAAAGGAAGAUUUUGAUAAAUUAAUGGCUAAGGUUGUGAAGGUUGAUCAUAGGGUGAAGGAUUACCUUGAAGAAGCUGGUUAUGAGAAGUGGUCAAGAGUUCAUUCAACCAUAAACAGAGGUAGAAUGAUGACUUCGAACAUCGCUGAGUGUAUCAAUGGAUGCCUUGUCGAUGCACGUAAGUUAACUAUAAUAGACUUCUUGGAGGAAGCUAGACUUUUAUUUGGUAGUUGGAACUAUAAAAAUAGAGAAAUAGCGUCAUAUACAAAGGACACAUUGGGCCGAAGAUUUGAGGAGAUAUUGAUUGUAAACGCAUCUAAAAGUUCAAAGAUGAAGGUUGUUCCAUCAUCUGAAUAUAUUUUCACAGUUCAUGAAGCCGGAAAAAGAUACAUUGUAUGCCUUGAGAGGAAAACUUGCACAUGUGGAAGGUUUCAACAUGAUGAGAUACCUUGCGCACACGCAAUUGCAGUUUUGAAGCACAAGAAUGUUAUCAAUUUGCACCCAUAUUGCUCUGAUUACUACAAGCCGUAUGCAUUAGAAAAAACGUACGAGGUUGUAAUGGUUCCAAUGCCAGAUAAGGAGGAUUGGAACGUUCCAGAAUAUGUUUUAGAUGAAAUUGUCCGGCCACCUAGGUACAGAAGGUUGGCUGGACGACUAAGAAAGCGAAGAAAGAAAAAUGCGGAUGAGAAAAUAACAGUGAACAAUAAUUAUUGUGGGCAGUGUGGACAAGAAGGACAUAACAGGAGAACUUGUACUUUCUUCCCUAAAGAGAAUUGA